UAUAAAGGACAAAAAAAUUACACAAGCAUACAUAAAUAAAUGCAUAAAUAAAAAAACAAUUUAGCAACUGCCUGGGACUCAUCCUCUCCUUUUAUAAUUCAUAUUGAUAAACAAUAUUUUGUACGUAAAAUUGCAGUUAAGUUACAUUGUCAAAAUCCAACUGCACAUUAAGCUUUAUUAGUAUUUCAUUAUACUGGAGAUGUAUUAUUAAGCAGCCCACUGACGAUCUAACACGCCCACAUCCACAGCUUCACGCAGCUCACAUCCACUCAUACAGCGAAGUCAACUGGCCUGUCUGCGCGGUCACGCUGAUUCCGCGCUCCCGUUGACUUGUGGGCUGCACGCUGCAUGCAGCCAGCUGCAAAGGAGAGCGGUCCAACGCUGUACUGCAGUGAACAGAGACCAGGACCACCCGAACCGCUCACUGUUCUACACACAAGAGAAAUCAGCUGGAGCAUUUUUGGGCAUUAUGACACAGCGGAGUCUCUGCAGUUCUCUGGAAAUGUAGCAAGGAAAGAUAAAUCAGUUGAAAGAAGACAGACGGACAGACAGAAACUCACAAGAGACAACUAACAGAUGGAAGACGGAGCUUUGCAACAAGCUUGGGGAUGUAACAAGAUUCUGUGACCUUUGACCAGUGGAGCUCCAGGAUCCGGAGAAAAAUCAUACAGUGCUUCUAAGUGAGAAAGGCAUUUUGAGUCGUUCUAAGACGCAAUGAAAAGAGAGGAUUGUCAUUUGAAGAAUUACAGAGUGCAGCUCUGUUAAAUUUGGCUUACCCUGUGCAGUUUAGACAGCAUGCAUUCUGUCUGUGGAUUUCACGUUUAGUGUCGAUUUGUGGUAUUUAGAUCUGUCACUGACUUAAAAAGUGGACAUGUUUCUCUCUUAUCAAGCUGCAGUCAAGAUAAGGAUGAUAUAAAUGAUCUGAAACACUGACAAUAUGUCAAGCGUUAAAAAAAAAACACCUGUCGAAGGACGAUGUGCCCGAGAAGGGCUUUCAAAAACUGUAACAAUCAGCUGCAGACAAAAAGUCCCUUGCUGCUAUCUCUUCAUCCUCCUCCUCCUGCUCUUCGUCUCCCUGGGUGCACCUCACAUGGAGUCUGUAGAGAGCCACAGUGAAUUUAGCUGUGAGCCCAUCAGACUGAGAAUGUGCCAGGAUUUGCCUUACAACACCACCUUUAUGCCCAAUCUACUGAAUCAUUACGACCAGCAAACGGCCGCACUGGCCAUGGAGCCUUUUCAUCCAAUGGUAAACUUGGUCUGCAGUGCCGACCUGAGGAUGUUCUUGUGUGCCCUGUAUGCCCCGGUGUGCACAGAGUACGGCCGACUGUCCAUGCCAUGUCGAUCCAUCUGCCAACGGGCCAAGGACGAGUGCCACAAGCUCAUGGAGAUAUUCGGAGUAGCUUGGCCAGAUGACAUGGAGUGUAACAGGUUUCCGGAUUGUGAUGAACCUUACCCUCGCGUUGAUGACCUACUGACAGGCUCAGAACCCACUGACCAAGCAUCCAUGACCGUCCAAAGAGAUUAUGGUUUCUGGUGUCCCCGAGAGCUGAAGGUCGACCCGGACCUCGGCUACACCUUCAUGGGAAGGAAGGACUGUUCUGCUCCCUGCCCAUCAAUGUUCUUCAGUCAGCAGGAGCUGACCUUCAUGAGAUACUUCAUCGGAGUCGUCUCUGUUGCUUGUCUUUCUGCAACGCUCUUUACUUUCCUAACGUUUCUCAUCGAUGUUACAAGGUUCCGAUACCCCGAGCGGCCAAUCAUUUUCUACGCUGUGUGUUACGUCAUGGUGUCGCUGGUCUUCUUCCUGGGUUUCCUUCUAGAGGACAGAGUAGCAUGCAAUGCAGUGAGCCCGGCCCAGUUUAGAGCUUCAACCAUCACACAGGGAUCUCACAACAAGGCGUGCACGCUUUUCUUCAUGGUCUUGUAUUUCUUUACCAUGGCCGGCAGCGUGUGGUGGGUAAUACUGACAAUCACUUGGUUCCUGGCUGCUGUGCCUAAAUGGGGCAGUGAGGCCAUUGAAAAGAAAGCCCUCCUCUUCCACGCUGUGGCCUGGGGCCUCCCAGGGGCCCUGACUGUCUCUCUGUUGGCCUUGAAUAAGAUAGAGGGAGAUGGGAUCAGUGGGGUGUGUUUCAUAGGGCUGUAUGACAUCGAUGCCCUGAGGUGGUUUGUUCUGGCACCGUUCUGCUUCAAUGUGGCGGUUGGCAUCUCCCUGCUUUUAGUGGGAAUUGUUGCUCUGAACCGGGUGCGGAUGGAGAUUCCCCUGGAGAAAGAAAACCAGGCCAAACUAGUGAAGUUCAUGAUUCGAAUGGGCGUGUUCUCUGUGCUCUACCUCGCCCCUUUAUUCACAGUGAUUGGUUGUUACAUCUAUGAACACACCUAUCGGAGUAUCUGGGAGACGACGUGGAUGGAGGAGAACUGCAGGCGAUAUCACAUCCCCUGCCCAUACAAGGUUGAACAGACCAGCAAGCCUGCCAUGGUUCUGUUCCUCAUUAAAUACCUGAUGAUGUUGGUGGUGGGGAUUCCCUCUGUUUUCUGGGUGGGCAGUAAGAAGACAUGCUUUGAAUGGGCCAGUUUCCUGCAUGGACGCAGACGCAAAGAUGGGGUGAAUGAGUCCCGACAGGUUCUGCAGGAACAGCCAGACUUCGCUCAGUCUCUACUGCGUGAGCCAAACACCCCCAUCAUUAGGAAGUCAAGAGGGACGUCUACUCAGGGCACCUCCACCCAUGCCUCCUCCACCCACUUGGCAGCUCUAGAUGAUCUUGACGAACCAAUCAGGACUCACCAUGGACACCCUGCAUCAACCAGAAGCAAGCCUAGCAGCCUCCACAGCAAGGCCAGCUACCACGGCAGCCUGCGCCGCACUCGAGAUGACAGGAACGAUUCUUUAGCUUACCGGGGCACACUGGACCGCAAUCUCCAUGGUAGCAUGCCCCGGCUUGACCACCCACUCUCCACCCACAACAGCUUGCAUAAGAUAGACAGCCACUCAAAGCACAGCAGCCAGCGGGACAUAUCCGAGGCUUCACCUACCCUCAUCACCCAUGGAACAAUAGGGAGUGAUGGCCGAGCUGCUGAGAAGGACGGCACCAGUGCCUGAAAGUUUAACUUUCGCAGAGUCACGGUAUGCUGGCUCAAAAUACAGAAUCCACCAGUGAGUGCUGUGGUGAUUUUGGGUCUGGACCUAUGUGACCACAUCGGUUUAGCUUCACCAGAAGUGAUCCAUGUCCUCAGACCAUUGUGUUACAAUUUCAGGUGUUAUUCUGGGAAAAUUAUGGAAAACUGGAACUUGCACUGGAUAGAGACCAGUAACUGGCUAAACAUUGUGGGGGAGAAAGGUCAUUGCACUUAAUACAACAUUGCAGUGUCAAAAUCCUAAUCCUGUAGGACUUUCACCAAUAAUGUGACAUUUGUGAAAAGCUGCAGAGUUUUGCUUUUAUAACAAUCUUAAACAGUUUGUCACAAAAGUGGCUUGUUUGUUUUGGACUGCAGCUAUUAAUGCUCAUCUCUGUGUGACUUCUUAGACAAAUAGGGGCCUAAAAACAUGGACCUAAUCAUUAUUUAGUCAAAUAUUUUUACACUGUGAAAACUGUCUGAUGCAUGUAUAAAGACUGGGACAUAGCAGGGGUGAUGAAGUUUGAAACUAAUGCAUAAUCUGUGCAGUACAACAUGGACAUGAUGAAAUCUUUCUAAACCAGGUGUGCUCCCUUUUCCAACACACCUAAACGCUGAAGAGGGAAUUCAGGAGUGUUGGAGAAGGGAUAUCAACAUUUGGGCCCUGGUAUUUUUGUAUCUGUCAUUAGCAAGGUAAAAACAACCCCAAAUUAGCUGUUUGUAAGCUGAGAAGAAAAAACAAUUAAGUCCCAGAAACAGGUGCUGGUAUGCAUUUCCGCUUAUGCGCUACCAUUUAAUGCCGAGUGUAGAAAUUGUAUCUAAGAAUGACAUCAAAACCAGUGGGAUUAUUUGAGGUCAGAAAUCCAAGAUUGCUGCCUUGCAUAAACAGGCAGCUCUUAAAUUAAACUAGAAGACGUGAUUAAAACAGCACCAUCAACUAAUAAUGCAUCGCCAGAUCGGUUUUUAUUUUCUUUAGCUCACAACAAACUUAAAGCCUAAUCACGUUGCACUUUCUAAAGCUGCCUGGAAUUUAGGUAAUAUUCCCGAUAUCUCACUUGAAACCUGCCUACUGUAGAAACACCUGCCAUAAAUUCAGUGAAUAUCUAGGUAAACCCUGGAACGUUGAGUGAAUUUUUUCAUGGAAAAUGUGGAGAAACAAGCUAAAGAGCAGUGUGUUAAACCCAACGAAAGUUUUAAAUUACAUUUUUAUCUGUAUAAAAAUAGUUUAACGUAAAGUAUUUCAGAUUUCAUACCUUAACUGACUAGUGUUGUAAUAUUCACCUCUGUACAUGCUGUUUUGUCUUAAGAUUUGCCUCAAAUGGGCAGAUUUACCUUCAUUACAUUUUAUUGGCUGAUCUUUUGCUUGUAAAUGUAACAACCUGUAAAUAUGUUUUCAUGCAGUUUGAUUCCUAAUCCUUUGUAAUUUAACUAAACCUACCUCACCUGUACCCUCAGCCUUCUCUUGUUCUGCAUUCACAUCAGUAAAAAUGGUGGCAGCUCGCUUUGUGGUUUUCAAGUCUACCUCUUGAGUUCAAACCCCAAUGUACUUCUUACUGGCUUUGUGUACUGCAUUUCAUUCAGUGGCAUCCAUUAUUUCCAGCAAAUUUAGUUAAAAACACAGUUUUAGCCCUUUAAACAGGAGAAUAUGGUUUGCAUUGAGAUUGUAGUUAUCCAAUAAUUGCACCAGGCCCAAUUUAUGCUUAUGCUUUCACUUACUUUGUACAUAGAGUUCUUGUAUGAUGACUGAUCUGCCUUCUGUUUUUCCUCCCAUCAUUUUUGGACCUACAGCAAUUGUCUGUACUUUAUCAUGAUUGCUUACAUGCAUUAACCAGAGUGCUUUUUUCUCAACAUGGGACAUAGUUGAGGAAAGAAUAAAUGAAAGAAGCUCUUAGCUUUUGAACAUCCAUGUUCUUACAGGUCUGUCUUCAUAAACCUUUAACAGUGAAGCAUGAAAAAAAAAACUCAGAACUAUGAGGGUUAAAAAUUCAACAUUGUGAUUUUUAAAACUUUACUUAAUUUAUUUGCAAUUGUAAUGUAAAAGCCUCUUUUACAUGCAGUCCAAUAAACUUUGACUUGACUCUU